CCCACCCCCUUCAGAUGGAGAUCCGUGCCCGAGGUGCGGCUUCUUUGCAGAUCACUUGGGGGGAGGUGGUGCGGGAGCGCCGUUGGGGGUUGUCCCGAACCCCGGGGAGGGCAGGCGUACUGGCUACUGGCUGUGCUGUGACCCCUUUUUCCUCGGCGCAGGCGUAGCUGGCUACGUAGUGCAUUGGUUGAGGUAGCCGCAUGAUGUCCCGUCUCAUCUUUCACUACUUAUAUCGGCUAUGGAUACCAAUCCCCUAAGCUGGCUUCUGGUCCUAUCCACAGGCAGGUGUCCUCUAGUCACGAAGUUGGAUAAAACACCGUAACAGAUUCCCCACGCCCCCCUGUUGCCAUAACUCGACAUAUUGAAAUGGCCUCGGAACACCAGGCCCCGCGCUUCUGCGCCGAUUGCUUUAGGGGCACCCUGCGCGGCGACGUCGAGCCCCAGGGCACCGAGGAGACGGUCCACGGCCUUCCGACCUACGUCGCGCGCCCCGAGCCGGGCCGUGAGCCCGCCGGCGUCGUCGUCAUCCUCCCGGACGCCUGCGGCUGGAAGCUACGCAAUACGCGCGCGCUGGCCGACGCGUACGCCAGGAGAAUCCCCGCAGUUGUCCUGCUCCCCGAUUUCAUGAACGGAUACGGCCUGCCCGAAUCCGUCCUGGUCGUCAGCGACAGGGUGCUGGGCGAGAAGUCGUGGUUCUGGAAAUACCUCAUCUACGGGCCCGUCGCCGUGGCCACGAUGAUGCGGCACUUCAUUCCCCUCCUCAUCGCGACCCGCCCCGGCGUCGUCGUCCCGCGCAUCGGCAACUUCUUUCGCGCCCUCCGACUCGCGCCGCCCGAGCCUUUACCCCAGCCGUCGACCUCCUCGGCUUCUGUCGUCGACGACGGCACCGCGACGGUGCAAAAGGCGGCGCGCAUCGGCGUCGCGGGCUUCUGCUGGGGCGGCAAGUACGCCGUGCAGCUGGCGCAGCUCGGCGCCGGGCCGUUCGGCGACGCGCCGCUGAUCGACUGCGGGUACACGGCGCACCCGAGCUUCCUGAGCCUGCCGGGAGACCUGGAGAAGGUCGCGCGGCCGCUGAGCAUGGCGAACGGCGACGACGACAUGAUGAUGCCUCGGGCCAGGAUGGCGCAGGCCAAGACGGUGUUGGGGCGGAAGAAGACCUGCGAGAUCGUCGAGUACCCGGGCGCGAAGCACGGAUUUGCCGUGAGGGGGGACCCCAACGACCAGAGCCAGGCGGAUCUGGGGAGGCGGGCGGAGGACCAGGCCGUGGGCUGGUUCCGGCGGUGGUUCGGGCAAGGGGCGGAAGAGUGAGGGGGAUUAUUGUUUUUAAGGGGUCGGGCCCAUAAUACGCCAAUAAGUAAAUAUGUUCU